GGGGGCCAGGCAGGAAGAGAGCGGUGAGGAGGCAGGAAGGAGCCAGGCUCCUAGCGGAUGCUCGAGUUCAAGGGAAGACUCUUCUUUUGCUCCGGGAACUGAGAGAGACAAGUAUAAGGCACCUGAGGCUGGACCAUUGUCUGGGGGAGCCGCUGAGGGGGCUCCUCAGACCUUCUCUGGACCGGGCCUGGCCAGGAUGAAGUGUCCCCGGCACCUGCGACCUGACUUGUGUCUUGUUUUGGCCGUGGGCACCUUCACUUUCCUCCUCCUGUCCAGUCUGCGUGAAUCACCAUCCAACUGCGAGAUUUCUGAGAAGCCGCCAGCCACCCCCAAAGCUCUGGCCUGGCCCACUCCACCCACCCGCCCUUAUCUGGCCAGGUGCCAGGCCAACACCUCUGUGGCCGCCCACCCAGACUUCGCCAAGGAGCCACUGCACAUUCGCAAUUUCCUGCUGCACAAACACUGCCGCGAAUUCCCUCUGCUGCAGGACGUGCCGCUGGAAAAGUGCAAGGAGCCAGUCUUCCUGCUGUUAGCGAUCAAGUCCUCUCCCAGCAACUACGAGCGCCGGGAGCUGGUGCGGCGGACAUGGGGUCAGGAGCGCCAGGUGCAAGGUGUGCGGCUGCGCCGCCUCUUCCUAGUGGGCACGGCCCCCCGCCCCCACCAGGCCCACAAGGUCAACCGGCUGCUGGAGAUGGAGGCACAGACGCACGGUGACAUCCUGCAGUGGGACUUCCAUGAUUCCUUCUUUAACCUCACACUCAAGCAGGUGCUGUUUCUACAGUGGCAGGAGACGAGGUGCACCAAUGCCAGCUUCGUACUCAAUGGGGACGAUGAUGUCUUUGCGAACACAGACAAUAUGGUCUCUUACCUGCAGGGCCAUAACCCAGGCCGCCACCUCUUUGUGGGCCACCUGAUCCAAAAUGUGGGCCCCAUCCGGGCUCAAUGGAGCAAGUACUAUGUACCAAAGUUGGUGACGACGGAGGAGCAAUACCCACCCUACUGUGGGGGUGGUGGCUUCCUGCUGUCCCAAUUCACAGCUGCCGCCCUGCGCCGGGCUGCCCGUGUCCUAGACCUUUUCCCCAUUGAUGACGUCUUCCUGGGUAUGUGUCUAAAGCUCGAGGGACUGAAGCCUGCCUCACACAGUGGUAUCCGCACAGCCGGCAUACAGGCCCCCUCUCAGCGCCUGUCCUCUUUUGACCCCUGCUUCUAUCGGGAGCUGUUGCUGGUGCACCGCUUCCUACCAUAUGAGAUGCUGCUCAUGUGGGAUGCGCUGAAGCAGCCUGACCUCAACUGUACCAAACAGAAACGCAUCUACUGAGGCGGUAUCAGGGUCACGAGCCUCAGGACUGCUGUCUCCCCUUCCCUAGAAAGAAGCAUCACCUUCCUUCUAGGAAGCUGAGACGUUUGCCAUCCUAAGUGGGCCAGGCAUAGGGGAAUGCCAAGGAAGGUUUGAUGAGUGACUAUUCAUUGAAUGGUUAGCUAACUCCUUCAUAUCCCUCAGACCCACCUGGUCCAUGCUCCAGCAUCCUCCUUGGAUGGCUGGAGGAACCCUGAAAAUGUCAUCUCUUUUCCAUGACAGCUAACAGCAGAAGCACCUCUGUUAGGGUUCCAGCUGUGGACGACUUCAUCCAUUCUAUUUGGGUCAAGGUCUCACUUCCCACCCCACACAGUUCACAGAUUGAACCCCAAGCAGUGAUUAGCUUCUGUUGGUGGUGAGCCUGCAGUGGCUUAAUGGUGGAUAAGUUCUGGCCAUGCUUUGAGGCUAACCAGAAACUUCUGUGCCCACAUACAGCUGAAGUGAGAAAUACUUUUCAUCCCAGGAAAGGGGGGUCCUAAUCUCAAUUCCUCCAUGGGUUUGGACCCCUCAACAGAGGGGACAGAGGCCAUGGAAUAGGACCACCUUCUUUGUUUCAAAAGCUUAGGUGGCUGGAGUGUUAGACGAGGGAGGCAGCUGACCACUUAAGAUUGUGGGAAUUGAAGCAUUUCAGAAGUCUCCAGCAGGACUCAGCCCCCACAUCUGUGCUACCCCAGAAUUCCAGGAGCAGCGGUGGGCUCAGGUUUUCAAUGGACCCAAGGCCAGUAUGCACACAACCAUGUACCCAGAGAGAGACUCAGGUCCUCAGGUGGCCCAGUGCAUUUCACAGAUUGGAGAGAUGCAAGUGAGCCAGUGACCCACUGUGAUGUCUGGGACUCAGGCUUUGUAGGCAUUGUUAUUAGGGAGAGGGUCCUCAGGGAAUAAAAAGUUCUGUGAAGACCUGGAGAUUUUUUUAAAGAAGUAAAUUACAGGCGGUGUCCCCAUAUACCAGGGGUGGGGGGUUCAAACAAGGCCCCAGCCAAACUGCAACAAAAAAAUAGCCAGGCGUUGUGGUGGGCGCCUAUAGUCCCAGCUACUGAGGAGGCUGAGGCAAGAGACUCGCCUAAGCCCAAGAGCUGGAGGUUGCUGUGAGCUGUGACGCCACGACACUCUACCAAGGGUGACAAAGUGAGACUCUGCCUCUAAAAAAAAAUAAUAAAGCAAAUUAAGAGUUUUAACAGAUUAGUCUCAUUGAUUCCCAAAAGCCUUCCAGUAGAAAGUAUACAGGGUGGGCAUAAAGUUCGUGUGCAAUUCAAAGUUGCAACUAUUUUAAAUUGCACGUGAAUUUUUUGUCCACCCUGUAUACAAGUCAAAAUAGGGCGUGGAUAAGGCAGAAGGCUGCAGGGAUUUCUAUCAAGUAGCUGUGACCUCAUCUCAUCCCUCAGCUUACACACAUUCCAUGAGUCCCUAUUUCCCUCAGCUCAUAUUUCCUCAGGAGUGAGAGGCAUAG